ACGAGGUGAUAUGCUAUGGAUGAUCUCUUGGUCGGUUUGUUCUGGCUGUGUCCCCUCCCAGGUCCUGGUGCACCCGCAGCCUCCUCGCUGUCGGGGCAGCAAGAGAAGCACAAAAAUCCUUGGCUCUCUGUAAGCACUGCUCUGCAACAACUAAAAACAUCGCUGUUAUCACCAAAAAAAUCCCAAACACAGCAUCUUGCGAGCCUCUGGGAAGAAAAUUUACUCUAUGCCAGCCAAGACAGCGACCCGUCAGCAGGCCGCCGUCGCCUCAGCGGGGCGGGGCCCUGUGGCACCUCGCCUCCCCAGGGGGCAGGCGCUCAGCCCGGGGCUGCCGCGCCGGCAGGGGGAGCCAGCGCCCCUCAGGAGCCGCCGCCGCCGCCGCCGGUUGCUCCAGCGGCCGGGCCGCGCCGCGCCGGGGGUAUGUGGCGGAGCGGGGCGGCGGCGGGCGCGGUGCGGCGGGCGGUAGGGCCGGCCUGCUGCCGGGCGCUGCGCAGCUCGGCCGCCUCGUGCGGCUCCAGGAACCUGCUGAAGAAAAUGCUCCACAAGAACAAAAAGAAGUUUUGGUAUGACAGCCCUACCCUGGAGUCUAAAAUGAUGUACGAACCAACCAAGUUGGCCUCUGUAAUGAAAGAUGACCAUACAAAAACUAGGAAAGAAGAUACCAUACGCUUUAGAGUCUUGAAUAGUCUUAUUCAUAAAGCUGUGUCAGAGAUGAUGAGUACCGGUGAAGUUAAUCAAGAGCUUCAUGACCUCAAGCUGGAAAUCUGCAAGGUUUCCCUGGCAUCAAACUUCUCAGCAUGUCGUGUGUACUGGAAUCCUGCUGCUAUUACAGAGAAUGAAAGUUAUGUUGAAGGUUUACUGCAGAAGAGUGCUCCACGUAUACGGUAUCUCCUGAUGAGUCAGCAAAUUUUAGGAAAUGUACCCCCGAUAGUAUUUGUAAAAGACAAAGAAGCUGCAGCUGUAAAAAAGGUUGAGGAAUUAUUGUCAAUUGCUGAUUUUGGACCUGAAGAAGAAAAUAUAUUAUCUCAAAAUGAUUCCAGUAAACCAUUCUCCUCAGCAACCCAAUCUUCUGAUUCACCCAUGCGGUCCAAUCUUUUUGGUAUUGAUCAUGAACUGCUGAAUAAGCAGAUAAUGGACUACAAAAGACUGAAAGUGUCAAGAGGUACAGAAAGCAUUUGCUGGACACAAAAACAGGAGCAGCAGCUGUCAAAGAUUCAAAAGAAAAUGAAAAAGAAAAAGACGAGAAAUCCUCCUGAUGAUGACAUCACCCCACAGAAACACUUACUGGACAGAUACGAAGCUGAUUAUUUGGAUGAUAACACUGAUUCAAUCUCAGACUAUGAAAUAGAUGAUGAAUUACAGGAAGGGGUAAAUGAAUUGGAGGCAGGUGAUGGCAAAACUCAAAGUCAGCCUCCUGUUAAAUUGAAAUGAAGUGGAAAAAGACUGUUUAAAAUGGAGGUUGACAACGGUAAACAUAAUUAAUAAAUAAAUAAAACACUGAAAGAUUACUUUUUUGUAGCCUGUUUACCACUUUCUCUUUCAAAAAAGAAGUUUGCCACACAUGGAGGUUUGCUAGCACAAGAUGGUAUGUAAGAAAAGUUAAAAUGGUGUUUGUGACAUUCUGUUAAGCAGCUUUAAAGCAGACACGGUUGUAGCGAUUCCAGCUAGACAGCAGUUUUUAAUAACAAAACAUACGUAGUGCAACACUGUAUGCUAAAACUUCUUGCAAUUCUGUUAUUUCCAAUAAAAUUAUUGCUUCUG